CAACAUUCGAGCUAUACACGGAACAGUGGACUGCAAUUUCCCCACUAUUAUAUCCCUUCUCUUAUAGAUACCACCCUUGCGAGUGCUGAUAAAGUCUCAUGACGGAUACAAAAAAGAUACUGCCCGUCGAGGGCGAGCGCAACGUGCUCAUCACGAGCGCAUUGCCCUACGUCAACAACGUUCCUCAUCUGGGCAACAUUGUCGGUUCCGUUCUCUCCGCCGACGUGUUUGCCCGCUUCUCACGCGCACGCGGCUACAACACACUCUACGUAUGUGGAACAGACGAAUACGGCACUGCCACCGAGACCAAGGCGAUUGAAGAGAAGGUUACACCACAACAGCUAUGCGACAAGUACUUUGCGCUGCACGCAGACGUGUACAAGUGGUUCAACAUCUCCUUCGACCACUUCGGCAGGACACCAACACAGCAACAGACGGAUAUCGCGCAGGAUAUCUUCACAAAACUGUAUAAGAACGGCUUUCUGGAGGAGCAGACCACAACACAGCCGUACUGCGAGACACACAAGAGCUUCUUGGCGGAUCGAUUCGUCGAGGGUACCUGCCCGUUGUGCAACUACGACGAUGCUCGAGGAGAUCAGUGCGACAAAUGUGGACAUUUACUCGAUCCUCUGGAGCUGAAGAACCCACGUUGUAAACUUGAUGGAGCGACGCCUGUACCACGCGAGACGAAACACGUAUAUCUAUGCUUGGAUAAACUGCAGCCGCUGGAGGAGGAGUGGUUCAAGAAGUCGAGUCAAGAGGGUAACUGGAGCUCCAACGGCACUCAGAUCACUGCAUCUUGGCUGAAGGAGGGUCUACGGCCGCGUGGAAUUACUCGCGAUCUCAAGUGGGGUACUGCGGUGCCGCUCGAGGGUUACGAAGACAAAGUCAUGUACGUGUGGUUCGACGCAUGCAUCGGUUACGUGUCCAUCACCGCCACAUACACAGAUGAGUGGGAGAAGUGGUGGAAGAAUCCCGAGAACGUCAAGCUGUACCAGUUCAUGGGCAAGGACAACGUGCCAUUCCACACGGUCGUGUUCCCAUGCUCUCAGAUUGGUACAAAAGACAAGUGGACCAUGCUCAACACAAUAUCAACAACCGAGUACUUGAACUAUGAGAAGGGUAAGUUCUCCAAAUCGAGAAACAUCGGUGUUUUCGGCAACAAUGCGAGAGAAACGGGUAUUCCAUCUGAUGUGUGGCGUUAUUACUUGCUCUCGCAUCGCCCGGAGACGGGUGAUACCGAAUUCGAGUGGGACGGCUUCAUUUCGGCAAACAACAACGAGCUGCUCAAGAACCUAGGCAACUUCGUCAAUCGCGUUAUUAAGUUUGUCAAUUCGAAGGUGUAUGACUCGGUAGUGCCUGACUACACCAAGUUCGAGGACGACUACUUCACUGAGCACAAGAAGAAGGUCAAUGAACUGCUGAAAAGAUACAUCGAGGAGCUUGAGGAUGUCAAGAUUCGUGCUGCGCUGAGCACAGCACUACAUCUGUCAAGUCAGGGCAACCAGUUGUUGCAAGAUAACAGGCUCGACAACAAACUGGCGACUGAGCAACCGGAACGCUGUGCUGCCGUCGUGGGGCUGGCUCUCAGCCACAUCCAUCUGCUCGCCAGUUUGAUCCAACCAUACAUGCCCGACACCACCGCCGGAAUCCUCUCCCAGCUCAACGCCAAAUUCCUCAUCAUCCCAGACAACUGGGAAGCCCGCUCCCUCCCCGUCGGCCACAAGAUCGGCACAGCCGGCUAUCUGUUCUCGCAGAUCAAGGCUGAGAAAGAGCAGGAGUGGCGCGAGCAGUUUGGCGGCGAGGAGGCGCGCAAGGCCAAGGACGAGAAGGCUAGGAAAGCCGCGGAGAAGAAGGCGGAGAAAGAGCGCAAGAAGGCGAAGAAGGCUGCGGGCGCGGGUAAGGGCGUCGAGGCCGCGGAGAAGGGCAAGGAUGGACAGCCUGCUGACAAGACGGCUGAGGAGGAGGUCAGUAGGGGGGUUGAGCAGGUCAGUCUGCAGACUUCGUAGGGUGGGUGUGAGAGGAGAUGUGUUUCUGGAUUCGGGCGUUUGUGAGGACUUUCCGGCUGCAUGGUGAAGAGUCAUGAGGAUCAUACUGUCGGUGUAUUCAAGUCCUCCUGGGCGGGUGGUGGCAUAUUCAGUCGAGUUGUUCGAUGCGCUCGCUCAACGGUUGCGCAAUGUUUUAGUAUAAAUUCAACAUGGUAUAUCAAGUUCCAAGAUCUGCCGGAGCGC